GAAGAAAAUGCUGAAACAAUCAAGCAAACUUUCACUUCCAUCGUAUUGCUUCUAAUAAAUGCACCGCAGUUUGUUGUUUCAUUGAAAAUAUCACAAAUCUCGAGAUGAAUGAUAAGAGCUAAAUAAAAACUGGAAACAAACAGUUAUCCUUAAUUUUGAUGUCAAUCAGUACAGGGUGUCUCCGGCGCAAAGCAGAAUAGAGAGACGAUUCGUUGAUGCAUGAGUAUAAACCCAUAUAUUUCACCUGGUAGCGAAAUUGGUUUGACAACAAUGCAAGAAAACAACAAACAAUAAAUAUCGUCAGCAAACUUUAUAUCAGCUGGUAAUAAGAGCUAUAGCAAACGCGUACGAAAAAUACGAUGAGAUUCCCCGGAGGAUUUCGAGUUCUGCAGGUACAUGGGACACGGUUUAACUCUAGUUCGAUAUUUGUUCCGGCCCACGAACCGGCACUGGACAGUGACUGCCGUCGGUUGGAAAAGUUUUUGGAAGACAAACCACACAUCCUCGUGCUGACCGGUGCUGGUAUAUCGACCGAAUCCGGCAUCCCCGACUACCGAUCUGAAGGCGUGGGUUUGUAUGCCAGAUCGAACCACAAACCGAUACAGCACGGAGAGUUCGUUAAGUCAGAAGCCACUCGAAAGCGCUACUGGGCACGCAACUACGUCGGUUGGCCACGGUUUUCAUCCAUAGCACCGAAUGUUACACACUACACUCUGGCCAGGUUGGAACGCGAGGGUAGAAUUAGCGGUAUCGUAACACAGAACGUUGAUCGGUUACAUGGAAAGGCCGGUUCAAAGGAGGUAGUCGAACUACACGGCAGCGGUUAUGAUGUGAUUUGCGUUGGCAGUCAGGAUGAACGGGGCAAAGGAUGUAACUAUCGUAUUGAUCGACACGACUUUCAGCACAUACUCGAUCAGUUGAAUCCGGCCAUGGAAGAUAACUCCACCGCGAUGCGACCGGAUGGUGACGUGGAACUUUCGAUGGAGUAUGUGCAAGGGUUCAAAAUCCCGCCCUGUCCGCAGUGUGGCGGUAAUCUGAAACCGGAAAUAGUUUUCUUUGGGGACAACGUGCCAAUGCCACGGAUAGAGAAAGUUGUACGCAUGAUCAUCGAAUCGGACGGUGUGCUUGUCCUAGGGUCCAGUCUAACCGUUUUUUCUGGCUAUCGUAUAGUACUGCAGGCGAAGGAAUUGGGCCUUCCGGUUGCAAUCGUUAACAUUGGCGCAACGCGCGGUGACCCGAAGGCGGAUCUGAAAAUUUCGGCCAGAUGUGGUGAAGUAAUGAUGAAUCUGUUCAAGACUAGAAGUUAGUGACCGCAACGCUUAGCAUAGUCAACGAAUUAGAACAAUAAUGUACAUACAGAAACAGUCGUUUACCUAAAUGUUACCGUAGGACAACAGUCGUAUCUAAUCGAUUUAGCUACAAAUGUUUGUUUGGAUAUUAUUUUCAGUCAAAUAAAGAUGUUGAUUUUUAAGAAUUUUGUAUUUCCAA